GAGGGAGUGGUAGACAUCACAAAGCUCUGCCUGAUGGAGAUGAACCAGGAGGAACUGGCCGACGCACUGUGGGGCGAAACUGCAGUGUGCCAACGUAAAAUUAAGUCUCAUCUGAAGAAGAAGUUCAGGUCUUUAUUGGAUGGAAUCGCUACAGCAGGACAGCAAACAGAUCUGAAUGACUUCACAGAGAUCUUCGUCAGAGAGAGAGGGACUCGAGAGGUCAACAAAGAACAUGAGGUCAGACUGAUUGAAACAGCUUCAAGGAAACUAGCCAAGGAGGAAAUACCAAUCAAAUGUGAAGACAUCUUUAAACCCUUACCAGGCCAAGAUCAACCAAUAAGAACAAUAAUGACAACUGGAGUCGCCGGCAUUGGUAAAACCGUCUUAACACAAAAGUUUACUCUGGACUGGGCCGAAGGCAAAGCCAACCACGACAUAUACUUCACAUUUCUCUUCCCUUUCAGAGAGCUGAACUUACUGAAAGGGAAAGAGUUGAGCUUGGUGGAACUUCUUCAUCACUUCUUUAUUGAGACCAAAGAGGCAGGAAUCUGCAGAUUCAACCAUUUCCAAGUUGUCUUCAUCUUGGAUGGUCUGGAUGAGUGUCGACUUCCUCUGGACUUCCAGAACAACCACAUCUGGACUGAUGUCACAAAGCCGACCUCAGUGGACGUGCUGCUGACAAACCUCAUCAGGGGCGACCUGCUUCCCUCCGCUCGUAUCUGGAUAACAACACGCCCUGCGGCAGCCAAUCAGAUCCCUUCUGAGUUUGUUAACAUGUUUACAGAGGUGAGAGGGUUCACCGACCAACAGCAGGAGGAGUACUUCAGGAAGAGAUUCAAAGAGGAGACGCUGGCCAGCACAAUUAUCUCCCAUGUAAAGAAAUCUCGAAGCCUCCACAUCAUGUGUCACAUCCCAGUCUUAUGUCGGAUCACUGCUACGGUUCUGGAGGACCACUUCAAAACAUCCAAGAUCAGGAAAGAGAUGCCCAACACUAUGACGCAGAUGUACAGCCACUUCCUGAGGGUUCAGUCCAUACAGGCAGACAGGAAGAAUCAUGGCAGAGCUGCAACAGAUCUGCAGUGGAGUUCAGAGAUCAGGGAGAUCAUUCUUUCUCUGGGAAAACUGGCGUUUUACCAGCUGGAGAAGGGAAACCUCAUCUUCUACGAGGCAGACCUGGCAGAGUGUGACAUCAAUAUUGGAGCAGCCUCACUGUACUCAGGAGUGUUCACCGAGAUCUUUAAGGAGGAGUGUGGGCUGUACCAGGACAAGGUGUUCUGCUUUGUCCAUCUGAGCAUCCAGGAGUUUCUGGCUGCCCUUUAUGUCUUUCAGUCAUUCAUCGACAAUGGUAAAAAUCUGCUCUCAGAAGAACAACAACCCUUCUGGUAUGAUAAUCAUCACUUCCUCUACCAGAAGGCGGUGGACAAGGCCUUACAGAAUGAGAAUGGACACUUUGACUUGUUCCUUUGCUUCCUCCUGGGCCUCUCUCUGGAGACCAAUCAGAUUGUCCUACAAGGUCUUAUUGGAAAGACAGGAAAUACAUCACUGACCAAUGAGAAAACAGUGCUUUACAUCACAGAGAAGUUAAAUGGAAAUCUCUCUCUAGAGAGAAGCAUCAAUCUGUUCCAUUGUCUAAAUCAGCUGAACUACCGUUAUCUAGUGGAGGAGAUCCAACAGUUCCUGACAUCAGGAAGUCUCUAUAAUUGUUUAGAUCGUGAUCAGUGGUCAGUUCUGGCCUUCAUCUUACUCUCAUCAGAAGAGGAGCUGGACAUAUUUGACCCGAAGAAAUACUCUAAAGAGACUGCUAAAGAGAAAGGUCUGCUGAUGCUGAUGCCAGUGGUCAAAGCCUCCAAAAAAACUCUGCUUAAUGGCUGUCAUCUGUCAGAGAGAUGCUGUGAAGCUCUGGCCUCAGUUCUCAGCUCAAACUCCUCUAGCCUGAGAGAGCUGGACCUGAGUACCAAUGAUCUGCAGGAUUCAGGAGUGAAGCUGCUCUGUGCUGGACUGGGGAGUCCACACUGUACACUGGAAACUCUCAGGUUGUCUGGUUGCCUGAUCACACAGAAAGGCUGUGAUUCUCUGGCCUCAGCUCUAAGCUCUAACCCCUCCCAUCUGAGAGAGCUGGACCUGAACUACAAUCACCCAGGAGACUCAGGAGUUAGGCUGCUCUCUGCUGGACUGGAGGAUCCACGCUGGAGACUGGACACUCUCAGUGUGAAGCACGGUGGAUUCCGGAGGCUGAAAUCAGGUCUAAAGAAGUAUGCCUGUGAAAUCACACUGGACCCAAUCACAGCACACCGAGACUUCUCUCUCUCCGAGGACAACAGAAAGGUGACACGGGGUAAACGGGGCCAGUUCCGGGGCCAGUAUCCUUAUCAUCCCGAGAGGUUUUUGCCCCUUUUCCAGGUGUUGUGUAGAGAGGGUCUGACUGGCCGCUGUUACUGGGAGGUAGAGUGGAAUCAUCAUGUUUGGAUAGCAGUUACAUACAGAGGAAUCGAAAGGAAAGGAUGGGUUAGUGAAGCAUUUCUUGGAAAAAACGACAAGUCCUGGAGUAUUGAGUGUAAUGAUGGUGGUUACACUGCCUGGCACAACGAUGGAAAAACAGACGUACCUCUCCCCCCCACUGGCUCCAACAGAGUAGGAGUGUAUCUGGACCGGCGUGCUGGCACUCUGUCCUUCUACAGAGUGUCCCCAGGUGGAGGAGGGUCCUCAGACACACUGACACACAUCCACACCUUCCAGUCGUCCUUCACCAAGGAGGACCUCCUCCCUGGGUUUAGGUUAGAGUGGCGGGAAUCCUCAGUGUCUCUUUGUCAGAUUUAGCAACACACACAAACACACACACACACACACACCCACACAAACAUAAUAAAAUAAAUGGUAACGAUUGCCUUCACAAACUAUUAUUGCUGCGCUAAGGUGAACCUUUCAUCGGGAGGUUAUUUUGGAAUUGUUUUGUUAAAGGAUCAUGUAUAAUAGGGGCGACAUUGGCGGGAGAGCGGGUUGACUUGUAACCGGUAGGUUGCUUGUUCGAUCCCCGGCUCCUCCUAGACGAGCCUUGAGGUGUCUUGCAAGACACCUCAACCCUGACGGCUCCUAACAAGCCGGCUGUCGCCCUGCGUGGUCGACUCCGCCGUUGGUGUGUGAAUGUGUGUGUGGACUGCUGUAAGUCGGUUUGGAUAAAAGCGUAUGCUAACCGCCCAAGAUGUGCAUGUAAAUGUAACACACAAGCCUAGAUUGGGGUUGAAUUAUGUAUACCCUGGGUUUUUUAAGUGUCAGAGAUUGAGCCCCCCCUCAGAGAACCAUAAACAGCUGCCCUGCCCCCCCCCCCCCAAACAUUUACAGAAUCUUUGUGUUUUAAAGACAUAAACAAACAAUGGAACAAUGAGUGUGCGUCUUUGAUUCGCAGAGGCAGCAUUUUUUUUUUUCACGUUGCGCUCCUCUUGAAGAACUAUGGCGCCCCCUACCGGAGGCGCGUCCCACUGUUUGAAAGCACCCUGAUAUAGGCUUUAUAUAAUGUAUUUACUCUAUAUUACAUUCAAACACAUUGAAAGUGUGGCUAAUGAAGAGAAUAGUGUUUGAAUAAAUGUUUAAUUCUGACAAAACGAUAGGGACCACUCCACACUUUAUUUUGAGGGAGCUCAGCAUCAAAGUUAUUUCACCACACACUUUAAUGAAUAAUAAUUAGAUCAGACAAAUAAGAAAAAUAAAUAGAAAAAAGGCAUUAUAAUUAUUAUCAUCAGAUAUGGAAGAUAUAUACAAUUAUGAGGCUUCCAUAUGGCAUAUAGUUUGUGUAGAUAGCGUGUGUUGCCAGAACUGAUUGGCAAUUUCGAACCCAACUAUAGAUAAACCGCCCAAUCAACCAAAAACCUGCCCAAAACGUAAAUUGCCAGAAAACCGAUUAAUCACAUACUUCUGCAAUGGAAAAUACACGAAUACACACCUAAGCGCAACCUCAUUAUUAACUAUGACGUUAUGAACAUCUCAUCUAUCUUUUGUCUAUGUUUUGUUGAUUAAUGAUACAUUACUUCUCUGUAAGUUUAUUUCCUUGUCCAUGUAAUGUCAAUGUCAAUCAUCUGUCUAACUAUAUGCUGCGUUGCUUUUAUGCUUUUGUAUGUUCUAUCUAACAUCAACCUGCCAGGGACUACAGAUGAAAAAUAUUUUUUUAACUGAAUCUGGUGCAUUUAUGUGUCCGAUGUAAUGGCCAUGUUGAUUAAUGCACACUGUACCUUUUGAAUAAAUAAAUAACUCAUCCCAUUGAAGAUCCA